AUAUUCAUUUCACAAAGGUCUAGGAUUUUCUCCCACGAUCGUCUCUCUGUUCAUCUCCCGUACUGAUACAGAAAUAGAUAUUCUGAUUAGCCGUGGAAUACUUUUCUUUUCUUUUCUUUGAACCUCUUCAGUCGCCUUUGAAUUCUCUUUCUACUUGAAUAUUCCCCCACAAUGAGAAUCCCGGCCCCUUCACAGUUUUCUCUCUCCAGAAUGAUCGCCAUGAAAUGCGUUCCAUGCACUGUUAAUUUCUGGGUUCUUGUGUGCUGGGCUUCAUUAUCGUACUUGACUGUGUUUAAAGUCCAUGGCUCUCUCUCUAAUGGAGAGCAGUAUGUUAUUUCCAAUAUUGUUUAUCCUGAAACUAGUCUCAAGCACUAUGAUUGGCGUUACAUAAGAGUUGAGAUAUCGCCUUGGUUUUCUUCCAUGUCCAUGAUUCUGACAUCAAAUGCUGAUUAUGAUGAGGAAAGCUCAAAAAAACUUCCCAAGGAUAUGUUGCCAGUUAUAUGCAUAAGGGUUGGUGGUCCCCCACUCCCUGAUGCAUCUAAUAACUCUUUGAAACGUGAAGUACUUGAUGUAGAUAUCAAUAGAUUCCUUAAUGAUAUAAGAGCUCUCCCUGCUAUGGAUCAAUGCUUUUUCUUUCAGAAAAGCUUGGCAUUGGCCUUAACAAAUGAGCAGGUUUCUCCAGGAAUCCUGUAUAUUGGAUUUUUCAAUGGCAUUGGACCUGUGAGGACACAAUCAAAGAUGAUUAAUCGAGGCCCAACAUACAGAUUCAGUGCCAAUAUCAGUGUGCUUGGAUGCAGUGCCCCAUCCUUUUGGGGCCCGUACUGCAAUCAAACAUUUGUCAUGCUUUCCUGUGCUAAAUCCGAUUUGUACAAAAAUCCGAGGAAUCUUUUGGAUUUAGGCAUUCAUAAGCCUCUGAAGUAUACUAAUUAUGAUUUUGGGACUUCUGGGUUUUCAAUGGACAAUGAUACUUUAACAUCUAGACCCAAGAUUACUCUUGAUGGGCACAGUUUACAGAAAGCAACUCCCAACUUUCAUGUGAAUAAACCUGUUAAAAAACGCCAUUUACGAGAGGCAGCAGAAGAUGCAAUAAUUUGCAAGAAUCCUUAUGGUGAGGUGUGCCUUAAGGAAGGUGAAUGGGAAGUGUAUUCCUUGGAGUUAUUGGGCAUUUCCUCCCAGUUGAAUAUUUUGGCUGGAAAUAUAGCAGUUAAUCAAACUUCUAAUGAACUGGAUGGCAAUGGUAACAACUCUGUCAUUGAUGAUCAAAUACAAAUAAUGGCUUAUGCAUGUCAUGAUGCUAUUCCCACUAGGGCUUCAUAUGAUCACUCUGGGAAUAUAAGUAAUAAUACUUUGACCAUCCAGUUCCCAAAAUUGGGGAGGUGGUAUAUUGCUAUUUAUGUUAUUGGGAACCACUCAAGAACACAAGGAGAUGAGGAAGUUGUAUGCUUUUCUUUGGAGUGGCAAAUAGAUGUGUGUCCUUCUGAAAAGGCAGGAGCAAAUUGUACAUGGGACAGGAAUAUGCUUCAGCGGGUUCUUAGAAGAGGUGGAUCUGUACCUUUUGAGUCUUACUAUGUUCCAACUGGUGAAAAGUCAGCAGUGUUUCCCCUGGGACCCCUUUUAAGCAACUCUUCUUUUGAUAACAAGCUGCAACUUGCUUGGACAUACUUUAUUGUAGAUGUACCUCGUGGUGCGGCUGGAGGGAAUCUACAACUUGAAUUGAAGUCUGAUGCAAAAAUAAAAUAUGAAAUUUAUAUCAGAUUUGGUGGAAUACCAUCUAUUGACAUUUGGGACUACCAGACAAAUGGGACAAGCACCGACAAUGAUUCUAUAUUUCGGAUUUCAAAUGGGUCUGGGAGAGGAAAUAUAAAAUUUCUUAUGUUAUAUGUUAGAGAAGGCAUUUGGGUUUUUGGACUGAGGCAUCCUUUGGAUGCUCAGCUGAGCAAUCAGGAUACCAUGUCUGUAGCUCUUGAGGGAUGCCCAGAUCGAUGCUCUAAUAGUGGGAAGUGCCAUUCUGCAGUAGAUGACAGUGGUCUAACUUUAUACAGCUAUUGCACUUGUGACCGGAGGCAUGGAGGCUUUGACUGUUCUGUGGAACUUGUAUCACAUGAAGAACAUAUGUGGCAGUCUAUUGCACUUAUAUUUUCAAAUAUAGCAGCUGUAUUUCCUGCAUUAUGGGCUCUUCGCCAGAAGGCUUUUGCUGAAUGGGUACUCUUCACUUCAAGUGGACUAUCAAGUGGGCUGUAUCAUGCAUGUGAUGUUGGUAGUUGGUGUGCUCUAUCUUUCCAUGUUUUACAGUUCAUGGACUUUUGGCUUUCAUUUGUGGCGGUUGUAAGCACUUUCAUAUACAUGGCUAAAAUAGAAGAAGUCUCUAAAAGAGCAAUUCAUACAAGUGUUGCUAUUCUCACUGCUCUUAUUGCUGCAGAAGGGCCCACCAGGUCAGAAAAUAUCAUCAUUGUUGUUUCUCUUGGCAUCUUAGGGCUUGUUGUUGGAUGGAUGAUAGAGCUUUACUCUUCACGAGCCCAUACACUUAGUUGUCCCCAAUUCAAUCUAAAUGUAAUGGAAAGAUGGCAAGAACUAAAAACAGGAGUGGUUAAACUCAUAGACUGGUUGAGGAAGAGAUUCCAAUGGCGUUUCAUCUUCCUAGGGUUCAUUGCAUUACUUGCAGCUGGUACAUGCUGGAAUCUGGAAUCUGUUGAAAGUUACUGGAUUUGGCAUAGUUUAUGGCAUGUUUCCAUAUACACAGCAUCCUUCUUCUUCCUCUGCUCCACCUCUGUAAAUAUCAUUCAGGACGAAGAGCAAGAAACUCCAUACGAAUUGGUCAGACAAAAUUCAAGUGUUUCGGGUCAGAGGCCAGAAGCAGCACCAAAUCCCACAAAUGGAGUUCCUUAGCUAAGCUUACUUUUUGAUUGAAAAAUGCAGAUAUUAGAGUUUAGUUCUUCUACCACAGGUACGCAGACGAUGCAGGUACAGAAAAAUAGAAUUCUUAUAAUUCUAACCACUUAUCUCUUAGAUGUGGUGCCAUGGUGGUGAACUGGAAAGGGUUGACCGCCUGCAAAAUAAUAAUAGUUGUUCGUGUGUUAUAAUGGAUGAAGUUAUCUAAUAAGUUGAGAUAUUGUUGUGGGAGGAAUACAUGAUAUUACGGAGAUCCCACUUGUAUAAAGCUUGGUGACGAAAUAAUAAAUGAAAUUAAUGUCCAUAUGUUUCACUCAAUAAAGACGUGGCAUUCAUACCUUCUUCA